AUGCCGGAAACAGCUACUGAUUUCUCCAACAUGCUUGCGACAGCACUGUGCCCUCUACUGGAGAAGAUGUCUAACAUCAACAACAAACUCGAUGGUGUUCAAAAGCAACUGAUGGGAAUUGACAAAAGAGCGGAUAAGACUGAUAUAGCACUUAAGAAAGUGGAGGCAAAAACAAAAGAUAUUAAACAGAAGCUGGAAGAAGUGGAAAAAGAGCGAAUUUCUGAUAAAGGACAAUUGUUGCAACUACAAAUGGAGAGAUCAAUCUAUGUCCUAUGCUUCCAGGGUAUCCCAGAGCAGAAAGGGGAAAAUUUAAAAGAACUAUUAAGUCAAGCAUUAGCAGCAGUGAUGGAGCUUAAACAGGAUUUAUUACAAAAUGAUAUGGACUUGGCCUAUCAAACUUACUCGGACUUCAUUAAGAAAAACAAGCUACCUGGUGAAAUAUUUGUUAAAUUUUCCAAAAGAUCUACUAGAGACGCAGUCUUGAAAGCAACAUCUGGGAAAACCCUGAAAGACCAAGAAAUGAGAAUCUUAAAAGAUAUUCCAUUUGAGAUUUAUACAGACUGGGCCAAUCACUACCUAGCAAAAUCUGGCCAUAAGCGUUUGAUAAAGGACCUACAGCAAGAUGUGACUGAUGGAGUUUUACUGGCUGAAAUCAUCCAGGUUGUAGCAAAUGAGAAGAUUGAAGACAUCAAUGGCUGUCCAAAGAAUAAAUCUCAAAUGAUUGAAAACAUAGAUGUUCAGUUAGCAGUUGGCUGUACAAGGACAGAAAUCAGGAAUGGGAAUUUAAAGGCCAUCUUAGGCCUUUUCUUCAGUCUGUCACGAUACAAACAGCAGCAACAGCAGUCCCCCAAGCAGCAAUCACAGCACCACCCAUCCCAGCAACCGCCCACGUCACCCCAACAAGUAGGGCCUCUAUCCCAGUGCCAGGUUGGAUUGCAGGAGCAGCAACUGCAGCCACCCCAUCAGGUGCCGGAUUCACCCCAAACGCAGUGCCAACAAGCUCAGCAAACUCCUGUUCUUCACUUGAAAGCACAACCAGAAAUGCAGUCCAGUGCAUCACCCAGGGACUCAUCUCAAAGCAAAAUCAUCCGAUUCACUCUCGGUCAGAAAAAGACUUCUAGACUUCCAGGUCCGACCACGAGGGUUUCAGCUGCAGGCAGCGAGGCAAAAACUCGUGGUUCAGUUAGUGCCAACAACCGGCGCAGCCAGAGCUUUAACAACUAUGACAAAUCCAAACCCACAAGCUCACCAUCCCUUUCAUCAAAUAGCAGUGAAAAAGAGCCAACAGACAAUUCGGCCUCUCAGUCCACGGGAAUGAAUGAAAAUGCAUCACCUUCAGUUCAAAGCAGCAGUAGCAACAAUGCCGCUGGUUGCAAUAUCUCUUCCGCCAUCCCUCAGCCCGGCACUGCUGUUAAGCCCUGGCGCAGUAAAUCCCUCAGUGCUAAGCACACUGCCACGUCUUCCAUAUUAUCAGUAAAGCAGCCGGUUCCAGAGUCUCCGAAACCCCCUCCAGAGAUGGUGAAGACGACUCCCAAUGGCCAGAAAUCCAUGCUUGAGAAACUGAAACUCUUUAACACAAAAGGUGUCUCCAAAGCAGGAGGGUCAUCCCUUGAAUGUCCGGGGUCCCGAGACACUAGUUGCGAAAGACUGGAGAUCCUUCCUAGCUUUGAAGAAAGCGAAGGGAUGGAUGCUGCAAAUCGGAAUGUGAGCAACCCGGGACAAACGUCUAAUAGUCCCAAAAUUGCACUCAAGGGAAUUGCACAAAGAACUUUUAGCCGGGCACUGACCAAUAAGAAGAGUUCCCCAAAGGGCGGUGAGAAAGAGAAACAGAAGGAUAAAGAAAAGGAAAAAAACAAAGACACUGCAAAGAGAACCUCAGUAGCUGAGAAAACAGAGGUCAAAGAGGAGCCGAAAGAAGAGCACACCCUACCAGCCACAACAGAGAUGCCAAAAAAGUCCUCCAAGAUCGCAAGCUUUAUCCCUAAAGGUGGGAAGCUGAAUAGUGCCAAGAAGGAGGCUGCUGCUCCUUCACAAAGUGGAAUACCAAAACCAGGAAUGAAAAACACCACAGGGAAAUCCUCAAGUGCCCCCAGUUGUUCUGCUAAGGAAGGCGAGAGAAGCCGCGGUGGGAAGCCUGCUUCGGGCCCUUCUCAACAGAAGUCUCAGCUAGACAGCCGGAAUUCCAGUUCGACAUCAAGCUUGGCCUCCUCUGAAGGGAAAGGGGUGGUAGGGGUGCCUGCUCUGACUACCAGCAGUAGCAUCCAGGCUGUCAGUGGGCCAACAAGUACCACACAGACCACAGGAAGCAAUACUGUGAGUGUUCAGCUACCUCAUCCACAACAGCAAUACAGCCACCCAAACACUGCCACCGUAGCACCGUUCAUGUACAGAUCGCAGACAGACAAUGAAGGAAAUGUAACGGCCGAGCCCAGCAUUGGAGGGGUGAGCAUGAGCAUGGAUUCUGCUCCAUACACAAAAACGAGUCAGCCUAUUCUAGAAGAUCUUUCAGGGGAAGAUCCAGAAACCCGGAGACUGCGAACUGUCAAGAAUAUUGCUGAUCUCCGGCAAAACUUAGAGGAAACCAUGUCUAGCUUACGGGGAACCCAGGUCUCUCACAGCACCUUGGAGACCACCUUUGAUACCAAUGUCACCACUGAAAUAAGCGGCCGCAGUAUUCUCAGCUUGACAGGAAGGCCAACACCCUUAUCUUGGAGGCUUGGGCAGUCCAGUCCCCGUCUGCAGGCAGGUGAUGCUCCAUCAGUGGGUAAUGGAUACCCCCCAAGAGCCAAUGCCAGCCGGUUCAUCAAUGCAGAAUCAGGACGUUACAUGUAUUCAGCUCCUUUGAGAAGACAGCUAGCAUCUCGGAGUAGUAAUGUUUGUCAUGUGGACAUCUCAGAUAAAGGAGGCGAUGAAAUUGAUUUAGAAGGCAUCACCGUGGAUGCUACAGGCUACAUGAGCGAUGGAGAUGUUCUGGGCAAGAACAUAAGGACUGAUGACAUAACAAGUGG